AUGUGUAAGGAGGAGGGGGGUCGAUUUAGCAUCGGAGAGCAAGCAGAGCGAGGUCUAAUACGUGGCGGUGGUCCUCCGUUUCGGGGGGAUGCACCUAGCCUGGGGCUCGAUGGAGUGCGUAUGGGCCGUGGCAGAGGAGCUGGUAGUUGGGUCGGUCCUAUGCCGCCCCCGUUUGCUGACGCACCACCUCUGUUGUCCCCGAAUGGAGGCUAUUUCUCGAACGGCAGGGGCUUGGGUGGGCGUGGGGUUGGGUGGCCCGGAGGAUUCGGACACAUGAGUGGCAUGGGAGCUAGUUCAUUGGAACUUUCGCAUGGUGGGCGAGGGCCACCUGGAGUUAUGAACCUGGGGAUGGGAACGGGUUUAGGACCUGUGCGACCGAGGUGUCUGGAUUUUGAAGAACGAGGGUUCUGUCUUCGAGGAGAUCUGUGUCCCAUGGAUCAUGGUUCCCACAUUGUCGUGGAGGAUGUGCAGAGCCUGUCCCAAUUUAACCUGCCUGUCAACCUUUCAAGUGGGCGAGGCAUGGCUGUGGCGCCCGGGCAGAUGGCAGCCUCCAAUACCAUGCUACCCACUUCUGCACCUUCAAGUUCUCGGGGGAGCCGAGGGAGCCGGGAGCCGAGUAUUCCUCCACUAGAAGCUCCGAUCGUGGUGAAUGGCCAAGUGUCUGGUGCUGAACCUGACCUGUACGAUCCAGAUCAACCGCUUUGGAACAAAGACAGACCUGAGGCCACGGGAAGGGUUAGAAAGUUGUCAGCGUUUCAGACGGAACAUCUUGAGGUGGUUAAAGAGAAACCGGAACUGAAGAAGAACCCAGAUGGGCGAGGGGUUGAUGGUGGCAGCAGAGGUGCCAACAGCAGCAGCUUGCAUGGUGCAGACGCAGUGUCCACUGUGUGGGAUCGCAUAGGACUUGUAGAUGUAAGCGCUGCUAGUGCAGGGGUGAAAUUAGAAGAACAGCGGGGUCAGAGCAGAGGAGUUACGUGGCAGCCCGGAAGAUGGGAAGACCGUGAACCUGUCAGCGGAGCCACCAACCUCAAUACAAAUCCUGGACGAGGACGGGGUGCUGCCGGGUGGGCAGAGGUAGGUCCUCCAUUCAACCGCUCCAAAGAUGGGAGCAAGUUGGGGCCUCGCGCUCCUGGGCGCAGCGUAGAACAUGCUCAACGCACACUCUAUGUGAACUGCAUACCUCCCAAUGCUAAUCAGGCAGAGGACUUGCUCAUGCACUUUGAAAAGUUUGGACGUGUUGUGGAUGUCCGAAUUCCUCCACACAGUGACAGAGCCUUUAUCCAGUUCGCUACUCGAGAGGAGGCGGAGUCAGCACUGGCUUCCCCCGAUGCUGUGAUGGGGAACCGAUUCAUACGAUUGUCGUGGGCUAAUCGUGAUAGCAUCAAUAGUGAUAGCGGCGCUUCCACUUCUUUUACUGGUCAGCCGCCAACCUCUGGCUCUGAAGCAGCAGGUGGCCAUGCUGCACUAGUAAAAGGUAGAGGAAAACUGAGUUUGACUGGUCUGAAUGGAGUCGUUGCCGGCCUGUCGGGAACUUCGAUCCCAGAAGGCAGCAACAAAGCCACCACAUCGAAUGGUUCCGCAACUUCCUUGAUUAGCCCAGUAGCUAUGGCAUCAAAGAAACAGGAGGAAUUAGAGCUUAUGCGUGAGAAGAUCCGUCAGAAGCAAGAGGCCCUAGCUCAGAAACGCGACGAUUUUCGGCGGAAGCUCGACAAGCUCGCUAGUCAGGGGGUUGCAGGAUCCGAGGACCCUAUAGUAGACCAUGCCAGCAAGCGACAGAAAGGGGACAAUUCUAGUGACGUGAGACCGUGCAAAGAUAUUGCCGCUGUUGGCAGUUUAACGACUACUUCUGGCAUUAGGAAGACGAACUCGGGGGAAGUUGCGCAGGCAGGGACGACACAGGCGUCAUCGAAGCCUACAAGAUCUCCCCAUCGUCGGACACCUUCGGGAGCAUCUGUAGGACACCCCGCAUCUGCGUGGGGUCCUGGACGAUUCAAACUUGAUAAUCGCACAACGGCUUUUAGGGUUCUGCCUCCUCUUCCGGCUACUAUCUCUGAUGUUGCAGCUGUAAAAGACCAUUUCGCUGCCUUUGGCGAGCUAUCACGCGUGGAAGUCGAGGAUGCAGAGGAUCACACAGUGGAUUCUGGACCCCUCUGGAAAUCGAGGACCCCCAUACGGAUUAGCUACGGUACUCCGAGGAGUGUUUAA